GCCAUAAAUCUUCAGCUACCAAUUUUGUCAUUUAAAAAAAAGUCAGUAGAAAGACUAAAAUGGUUUCAUAAAGUUUUUGGUAUUUUUCAUUCCACAUCGGAUGAGGCGGUCGGUACGCGCAGAAUCCAGGGUAAACUUUCUCCCAUUGGCCAAAGUGUCAAGAAAGAGUCUGAGUUCGAAAAAACAGCAUUUGGGAAUGGCCAGUAAGACUAAAUUAUUAUUUAAAUUAAUUUGUUCUCUUUCUAAUCUACUUUCGAACCCAAUGAAUACGUGUUUACCCGAGACAACCUGUUAGCACCACUUUUCUGGCCGCGUUGGUUGACUGCAUUGUCUUUGCAGCAAAACUUGAACACGCCCCGGACCGCCAAUCUAUCGGAUUUCACAGUAUAAAUGGCCAUAACGGACAGGGGACGGGUAAGAAGGCAUCUAUAAACCUCUGCCGACAAUAGUUCCUGGUCGGGAUCUAGUUUAACAACAGUGAGCAACAAUAAUUUAGAAUAUCUUCACCUCGAAACUAAGAUUUUUCAAGACGACUGAAAUCAAAACAAGCCUCUCCACCAACACUCGAUUUAACCCCUGUUCGGAUAUUCUGCUGGCAAGACUUGUUCAAUUUCUUUGCGGAUGCCGGACACAGACCAAUGAUACCGACAGAUUUGACCUGAAAGAAAGAAAUCAAGAGAGAGCCACCAAGUAAGACAGAUUGACCUUCAGUGUGCAAUGAUGGAACAAGAGUAUGAAAAGGACUAUGAGAACUACACAUAUGACUAUUUAGAGUAUGGCGACUUUGAUGACUCCAAAGGAAGUUAUACACAGAGAGAAACUUUGCAUAUAAUUUCAGUGGUGAUUUAUAGUAUUUCCUUUGUACUUGGUCUCUCUGGGAAUGGAAUUGUGAUAUGGGUGACAGGGGUCAAAACCAAGCGGACUGUGAAUAGCCUGUGGCUCCUGAACCUGGCUGUGGCCGACUUUGUCUUUGUGCUCUUCUUGCCCUUCUCCAUCGACUAUGUGCUCCGAGAUUUCCACUGGAAUUUUGGACAGAUCAUGUGCAAGCUGAACUCCUUUGUGUCAAUGAUAAACAUGUACGCCAGUGUGUUCUUUCUGAUGAUCCUCAGCAUUGACCGCUACAUCUCGCUGGUGCACCUAAGAUGGUCCCAGAAUCACCGGACCAUGACACGAGCGUGGUGGCUGUGUGUGGGUGUGUGGCUGGCGUCGGCCCUCCUCAGCUGUCCAGCUCUGAUAUUCCGUGAGACUAUGGAGUAUCACAACAGGGUGGUGUGCUUCAACAACUUCCACGACCAGAGCGGCCACAUCGCAGCUAUGAGACACAUCACACUGGUGGUGGUGCGCACCACGCUGGGCUUCAUCCUCCCGUUCAGUGCCAUCUGCGUCAGCGGCAUUCUGCUCACCAUCAAGGUCCGUCAGUCCAGAGCUGUCCACGUAUCUCGUUUCUCUAAGACGGUGUCCGUGGUCAUCCUGGUCUUCUUCUUGUGCUGGAUGCCCUUCCACACAUUCAGUCUCAUGGAGCUGUCCAUGCACUCCUCUUUGGUGCUGCACACGGUACUUAAGACCGGCUUCCCGUUGGCCACCAGCCUAGCUUUCUUUAACAGCUGUGUUAACCCCGUGCUCUAUGUGCUUGUUAGUAAGAAGGUCAGAGUCCUGUUGAAACGCUCCUGCCUUGACAUCACUAAGAACUCACUGCGAGAGCUCAGCCAGUCAAUCUCAGCGACGAAAUCUGCUUCCCUGCCACCCAAUACCAACUGCACACCUGAGGAGGCCAUUGCAUCGUCCGUUGUAUGAUUUGAACGGCCCCCUACAAAAACUCAGUGUGGGGAUUUUCAGCAGACAGUUAGAGCCGUUACAUGUCUGGGAGACUUUCCUGUUCCUCAUAGACUUGAGCUUGUUUCUAUGGGUUUCACUCAUAUUUACUUUCUGUGGGAUAGUGUGCCUGUGUUUACAUUGCAUAGAGUGCCAAGGGCUGAUGACAACAAAAUGCUCUGGGUGGAAAACCCGAGUAAGCCAGAAAGCAGAAAGCCUUGCCUCAGCUUCAUCUUGCAGACAGGAAAGAAACAGAAAUAGAUUUGAAUUAUUAUUAUUGCCCCAAAAUCCUCUGUAGUAGAAAUAAGAUUUAUGCAAGAAAAUGACAACUACAUAAUACAAUUAAGGGAUUGCAGUGAACAAGCAAACAAACAAAAUUGAUAAAAUUGACAAAAAUGG